UGCUGGCCCCGCCUGGGAGGAAACAAGCCUGCCGGCCUCAGCCCUCAUCUGGUCAAGUGGUCUGAGCGUCUGGUGAGAAGUUCAGUGGACCGUGAAUCAGCAGGUGCAUGGCGUGGCAGGUGAGCGUACCUGAGCUGGAGGACCGCCUUCGGUGCCCCAUCUGCCUGGAGGUCUUCAAGGAGCCCCAGGUGCUGCAGUGUGGCCACUCCUACUGUAAGGGCUGCUUGGACUCCUUGUCUGGCCACCUGGACGUGGAGUUGCGCUGCCCCGUGUGUCAGAAGUCAGUGGACGGCAGCAGCUCUCCGCCCAAUAUUUCCCUGGCCUGGGUGAUUGAAGCCCUGCGUCUUCCCAAAGACCCGGAGCCCCAAGUCUGCACCCACCACCGGAACCCACUCAGUCUCUUCUGCGAGAAGGACCAGGAGCUCGUCUGUCGUCUCUGUGGCCUCCUGGGGUCCCACCAGCAUCACCGCAUCACUCCUGUCUCCACUGUCCACAGCCGCAUGAAGGAGGAGCUCUCGGCUCUCAUCUCGGACCUCAAGCAGGAGCAGAAGAUGGUGGAUGAACAUAUUGCCAAGCUAGUGAACAACAGGACCCGGAUAGUCAACGAGUCCGAUGUGUUCAGCUGGGUGAUCCGCCAAGAGUUCCAGGAGCUGCACCACCUGGUGGACGAGGAGAAGGCCGGCUGCCUGGCGAGGGUGGAAGGCCACACCCGGGGUCUUGUGGCCUCCCUGAACAUGCAGCUGGAGCAGGCCCAGGGGACUCGGGAGCGGCUGGCCCAGGCGGAGCAGGUGCUGGAACAGUGCAGCGGCGGGAGUGAUCACGAGUUCAUUCGAAAGUACCACACCUUGACAAUCAGGGGACCCAAAGGAGCCAGGCAGAACGCCUCUUUUCCAGGGUCUGCUGCCUUCUGCACGGCCUCCACAGCCUGCCCCUCGUCUCUCUCCCCAGCCCCGGAGCCUCUCAAGCUGGACCCGGCCACAGCCCACCCACUCCUGGAGCUGUCCAAGGGCAACACGGUCGUUCAGUGCGGGCUCCUGCCUCAGCCUCGAGCCAGCCAGCCCGAGCGCUUCGACUACAGCACAUGUGUCCUGGCCAGCCGGGGCUUCUCCUGCGGCCGCCACUACUGGGAGGUGGUGGUGGGCAGCAAGAGUCACUGGCGUCUGGGGGUCAUCAAGGGCACAGCCAGUCGCAAGGGCAAGCUGAGCAGGUCCCCCGAGCACGGCGUGUGGCUGAUCGGCCUGAAGGAGGGCCGGGUGUACGAGGCCUUCGGCUGCCCGCGGGUGCCCCUGCCCCUGCCCGUGGCGGGCCACCCCCACCGCAUCGGGGUCUACCUGCACCACGCAGGGGAGCUCACCUUCUCCGAUGCCGACCGGUGCGAUGACUUGCGGGUGCCCUACACGCUCCGGGCUGACUUCCAGGGCAAGCUUCCCAUCUUCGACACGUGCUGGCAUGAGCGGGGCACCGACUCCCUGCCCAUGGUGCUGCCCCCACCCAGCAGGCCUGGUCCGCUCCCCCUCCCGCUCCCUCAGCCCACCAAGCGGUAGGGCUGCCCGCAGGGGCCCAUGCCCACAGGCCUGCCUCCAGCAACGGGGGAGCACCUCCCUCGCUGGGGAGCCUUUAAAUGCUGUCCGACCCCAGCCCCCAGCCCAUCCGCCAUACCGGAUCACCUCCUGGCCAGCAUUGGCGGGCCUGGCCCUUGGUGACUGGCCACAGUGGGUGGUCAGGCUGAGCCUUUCUUGGUCCCAAAUAGCCACCAUGUUCUCUCAGAUGCAACACCUGUCACCCUACUGAUAGCCGGGUUUGACUUGGCUGAUUUGACUGCCAAGGUAGGGGUCCCUUUCCUCCCUCAGCGCUCCAUGUGCUUCCCUCCCUCCGGAAGCUGCAAGUUUCCUCGAAGAGGAUGACCUUCCCCCAUAGAAGGGGUCCCCCUUUGGUCAAGGGUAUCGGAGCAGCUGCGCUCCCCUACUUCAAACCAAGCCAAACGCACUGCCAUCGAGGCGAUUCGGACUCCUAGCGACCCUGCUGCAGG